AUGCUCAUCAUCACUUGUUCUUCAUCUUUAAUGCAAGAUCCAUGGUGGAUUCUAGGUGAAAAAUGGAUACUUAAAGAUAGUUUGGAAGGUGGGGAGAGAUGGUUGAAGGAAAAUGGGAUACGGCAUUUGACUGUCAACGAGGAAGAAAAGAUCAAAUUAGUGAGUUUAGUUAGAAACCUAAGGAAGCAUUCUUCCACACAGAAUUCAGAAGAUGUGCAUUUGCUUGCUAUUAAAUCACUCAAACUAACUGAAGAUGUUCUAGCUUCAGUUACAAAAACACGUCCUCAGUGGGCACGUCUACUUUCAGCUGUUGAUCACAGAGUAGAUCGAGCAUUAGCCAUUUUAAGGCCCCAGGCAAUUGCAGAUCACAGGGCCCUUCUUACUUCACUUGGAUGGCCACCACCUUUGUCCAUGUUGAAUUCCUCAGAUUCAGAUGCAAGGAAACCAGCUGAAGUGCAAAAUCCUCUUUUUACAAUGCAAGGGGACCUCAAGCAUCAGUACUGUGAAAAUUUUGUCGCAUUAUGCAGCCUGCAGGAAUUGCAGAGACAAAGAAAAUCUCGGCAACUAGCGGGGCAUAAUAGGGAAGUUGCCCUGCACCAGCCACUUUGGUCUAUUGAGGAGCUGGUGAACCCUUUAGCAAUUGAGGCGCUUAUCAUCUGCGGUUGA